AAGAGAGAUGGGUGUGCCUGUUUUUGCUACAACACCAAACCAAACCCACAGCUUUACCUUAACCCUCACCCUCUCGUCCUCUACCACCUCCUCCUCCUUCUUCUGGACGCUUAAAGAAGAAUUUGUUAUUUGAAUUUUCAACACCCUUUACUUUGUUUCUUUCCCAUUUUCCUAAAUUAUCUGUGGUUUUGAGUUUUGUUUUGCUUUGUUUUUUUUGAAAUAUCAUUAUAUGAUCCGAGGGUUGGAUUUGAUUUGCCACAGAAGAUCAGUGAAAUGGUUUGGCUACUGGAUUUUUCUUUGAUCACAGGCCCUCAUCGGCAUAUGCAUUGAUUCUUUCGGCAAUCAUGAGCUAUAUAUGCUGGUCUGGAGGUCAGAACGUCUGUGCUACUCGUAAUUUUUGGAUGUCUAGAAGGUGUUUGAGUUUCUCUUUACAUCAUUUUAAGGGAGUGGGAGUUGAAAUGUUAGAAAUGUGGAUGCCUGUUGUUGAUACAUAGUAUUGGCUUCUCUCCUGAUUUGAGAUUCGCUGCUGUAGGACUUAUGUUCGUGGUUGUAGCAGAAUUUGUGGAGAAUAUGCAGUAGGACUUAAUUAAUUGUUAUACUGAUAGGAUUUGGAGCGACAAUUUCAUGUGUUCAUUAGAUUGAAGAUAACUGGUUCUUUGUUGAUUAGAAAACUGAAUGGAGAAUAUGCGCCAUUAAGCAUUUUUAGAAAUCAGGAUAAGCAUUAGUUGUUUGCAAAUAUAGUGAUGGGAUUGCCGCAAGUUCCCUCAAGUGAAACUAGCGAGGAAGUUGAAGCAGCAUCGUUGGGCACGUUUUUGCCGAGUCCACCUCGAUUCACUAAUGUGAGCACCUGUGAUAUGGAUGGAAUGUGCAGUGAAAGCAUGAGUCCAUUUGCUGGGAAUCCAUUAUGCUCUUCUAUGAGAGAGUCCCAAAGAACCACCUGCUUGGAGCUUUCAGAGGUUGGAGAUGAUUCAUUUAAGUUUAAAGGGGCAAUGGAAGUUGCUUCCAAUAUUAAUGGUAUGAAAAUUGGUUCUGUGGACAAAAGUGGGAGGUUCACACCUAAAAGUGGACGAAAUAUUCAGAACCCUGUUUCUAGGGUCGUGGGCUUCGAAUCAGGCGGAACAAGUUCUAUAACUGAUGGAUUCAAGGGAGUUUCAGAUGUUCGUGUUCAUUUUUCUACUGGCAAUAAUGUCACACUAAAUGAAAUUGAGUCCGGUGGGUCACUAGCCAGGAAGCGCUUGUUAUCUCCAUUGAGCAGCAUGCUUUCUCCAUGCCAAUUUGGUGGUGAUCCGCUAGACAUUGGGAGCAGAAAUAUGCAGGCCAAUUCACCAGCCGCGACUGAUAAUUGUAGGAUUUCUGUUGCAAAAGAUAAUAAGAAAGCAAAUGUUGGCAGCCAAAACCAUUUUACAACCUGUUCCUUGACUAGUUGCUUGGAACAGAAGAACAUACCAUAUGAUAAUGGUGGAAAGGAAUCCAUGUUAUUCACUGAUGGCCCUUUGCUGGAAAACAAGGAACUACCAGCUUAUAAUAGUUUUGUAUCUUCAUCUGGACUUGAUCACAUCAGGGAAUUAGGUAAGGUCAGGUCUCAAAGUGGGGCGAUAACUAUAUCACCCAAAAAGGUCAGCUCACCUCCACUUUCUUUGUCACCUCUUGGUCCAAGAUUUUCUGAAAGAAUGAAAACUGCAGGAGGAUGCAAGACUGCCAAGAAUGAGUUGGAGGACCAUCGUUUAACCUUCAAAAAUAUAGAAGGAUCACUUGAGAGAUCUGACAGAGACAUUAUUCUUGCCCCUGAAGAAGAGGAUUGUAGGACUGCAAGCAGAUCAUUUGAAGACAUUUAUCUUUUGCGAAAAGAGUUUCAUCCAUCUUCCUUUGAAAGUAAUACUGACACUAGUUGGCCUUUUUCCCAAGAGUCGGCCCCAACCACGCAAUGUGCAAGAUUAAUUAGAAGUCUAAGUGGACUUCCUGUUAGGAGAUCCCUGGUUGGUUCAUUCGAGGAGUCUCUACUGUCUGGUCGUUUCUUAUCUGGAAAACUCAGUCAGAGAAUUGAUGGUUUUCUAGCUGUACUAAGCAUUACUGGAGGGAACUUUUCACCACAAUCAAGAAAGCUUCCAUUUUCAGUGACCAGUGUAGAUGGAGAUUGCUACUUGCUGUAUUAUGCAUCCAUAGAUAUUGCAGGAAAUUCAUCAUCAUCAAACAAUUGCAGAGGCCAGAAACUGAAACGAGGCCUUAGCAAUGAUGAUUCACCAACUGUCAAGAGCCGCCUGCGCAUCCCUAUGAAAGGGCGCAUACAACUGGUUCUCAGCAAUCCGGAGAAGACACCUCUUCACACUUUCCUUUGCAACUAUGAUUUGAGCGAAAUGCCAGUUGGUACCAAAACGUUCUUGCGCCAAAAGGUUACCUUAGCUUCAUCCAGCCCAAAUUCUGCACAGUUGAAGCAAGGGCAUACGGACAGAGACAGUAAAGUUAUAGAGAAGGGGGGGGCUCCAACCUCACAGAAAAGCCAACCCCUACAGUUGAGUAACGAAGUAAGUAAUACAGGUGGAGUUGACACUGUACGUAGAGUGAGAUCCAUAGAUCAAAAAAAUGAAAUUAGUAGAAGUGAAGACUCUAAAUUGGUUGAGUCAGCAGAUAAAGGGGAGCUGUCCAAGCAAUCCCUGAAUAUGGGAAGGCUAGGCGAUCCAUCCUUUAUGCUUGACCAUGGGUGUGGCACUGUGCAAUGCCAGAAGAGUGGGGCAAAGGGCAAUGACUGUGUGGGUAAAUGCCAUGAAACUCAGAGGAAAUCACAUCAUUGUCCAAAGCUCAAUGAUAAUGCUGCUGGUGCUGGUGCUCUCCGUUACGCUCUUCAUCUCCGUUUUAUUUGCCCUUUCCCUAAAAAAUGUUCUAGGUCAGUUCAGAGAUGCAAAUCUGAUCCACUAUCUCUACCACAAAAUAAAGACACCGGAGGGGAGCGGAAAUUCUACUUAUACAAUGACUUAAGGGUUGUGUUCCCGCAACGCCAUUCGGACGCCGAUGAGGGCAAGUUGAACGUGGAAUACCAUUUCCCAGAAGAUCCAAGAUACUUCGACAUCAACUGAAACUGAAAUGUCUCUAAUUAACCUCACCAAAGCAAAACUUCUUUGCUGUGUUCAUAGUCGUCUAAUCUCAAAAUGACACUAACCCAGAUUCACCUGUAAAUAAUUAGAUUCGAAAUAAUUUGAUGGGUUAAAAUAUUCUCUUAGUCUAUUUCGUAAUGAGAGCCUAAAACUCUUAUCAAAAUAACCCCAAAUUUGUCA